AUGAGCCCAACUCCCCCCACCCCCGCCCCACAAGGGUCUGGCGCAGCCGCAGUCACGAGCUUCCCCUCCUCAACCAUCGCCCCAGUCGCCGGGGCAACGACCCUCCCAUCCCAUCCCCAGGCCCCGGCUCAGCUACAACCGGCAACCGCCCCAACCGCCCCAACCGCCGUUCACGCCUUCGCGCGGGCACUCCACACACACCUGCCUCCCCCGCUAGCCCCGGAGCCGGCCCCGGCUGCCCCUCCGCCUGCGCCAGCGCCGCCGCCGGCUCCCGUUCCCGGCCGCAGCGCCAUCUUCCCCCAAACCAGCCGUUCUUGCCGCUGCCACCUUAGAAGCGGGCAGCACCACCUCCACCCCAGCCCCACCCCCGUUCCGUUUGCUGGGACGGGCUCUGAGUGGGCACGUGACCCGACUCGGCGUGGGAAGAGCCCCCGCCCCCACGACGUGACCUCCUGGCUUUCUUCAAGUACCUGUGGGUCUGUGGUGCUUGUCUAUGACUCGUCCCGUCCCGCCCCGCCCCGCUUGGGCUGUGCUGGGCCGACCCACCCUCCCCAGCUAAGGCUAAACUGUGAUUAG